AUGAUCACUCAUAUAUUAUUUAAUCAAAGAAAUAUAUCACUUGCUUGUAGAUGGGUCUUCGUCACCUUGCAUGUGACAACAUCGAUUUAUCUCACAAGUGUGAUGAAGAAAACCUUGAAAGAAGCAACAGAGAAAUUUGAGGCAAAUUUAUGUUGUGACGAGCAUAUUACAGCUCAACAAACGCCUAACCCGGUCACUGUUACAAACCAUGGACAUUUUAUUAAUGACAGAAACACGGUGGUAAGAUGGGAAAUGUACAUAACGUAUCCUUUCAUGCUUUGGGACCCAAUGAGUCAAUACAAAACUCUUUUCAUCAACAAAUUGAUAUGCCCCUUGUGCUCUGAUGACAAAGAUUUGUCCAAUGCUUUGUUUCGUUAUGGUGAAUGGUACAAUGGUCGUUUAGCCAGGUUAAAUCCAAGGGUGAUAUUUGACAUGCACACAUGCAUACUUUUGGUCAGUGCAGUAUACAAAUGUUCUAAGGGUCAUGAAAUUACAGCAUGCCAUCCGGAUGUUUUACAUGUCUUAAAGGGCAGGACAGAAGUUCCAUUUUUUCUGACGCAUAGACAUGGAUUUACUUUAGAGUUAGCUAAUCUCGUUGAAGAACUAAUUGACAAUGGACUAAGUUUCGAGCAGGUCGAAGAUACGAUCAUAAAACAGUACAUGAGUAUUCAUAAUCGUUUUGAAGCAUCCUUCUGGAGAGAUUUGGCAUUGUCAAAGACAUUUGGUGUCUUUUAUGAGGAGUCGGAUAUGUUUUUCCCGCGUUCUCAUCACAAUGUUUUCCACACCCAAGCGCCACAAUUUUGA